AUGGACAGAGCCAAGCAAGCCGUUUCCAGCUUCAUCUCCAAGGAUGGUCACCACAAGACCAGUGUCGAUGAAGAUGUCAACAGAGCCGUUACCGAGGAGCAGGUCCGCCCUCAUCGCCACGAAGAGGUGACCACAGCCGUCGACAAGGAGGUUCACCAAGAUCACCACCACACUACCAUCCAGCCUGUUAAGCACCAGGAGACUCUCCCUGAGAAGCACCACCACAACAUCGUCCCCGUCGCACACAAGACUUUCGACCACGGAAACGAGAGGGAGACCAAGGAUACCCUUGACCGGGAACAUGCGAAGUUCAAGGACACUACUACGACUCACGAGACGACUCAUACUUCCACCACUGCUCCUGCCGUUACUGGCGAGAGAGUGCAUCACCACAUCCACGAGCACAUUCAACCUGUUAUUCAGAAGGACACUAUCCAACCUCACAUUGUCCACACCACUAUUCCCAUUCACGAGACACACCACGCUAAGCCUAUUCACCACGAGGCUACUACUCUCCCCGUGAAGACUCUUGAAGAGUUCACCAAGGAGAAGGGAAGCCUCACUGACGGCCCUCGUCACCACCGCUACGACGAGUUUGAGGGUUGCCCCGACAAGUACCACAAGGAACUCGGAAACACUCACCAGUCAGGAAUCGGCCACAGCCAUGACCACAGCCAUGGCGCCGGCAAGGCAGCCGUCGGCACCGCCGCCGCUGGCGGUGCUGCAGUUGCCGCUCACAAGCACCACGAGCACAAGAACGAGCACGAUCGUGGUGUCGACAGCCAUCACCACCCUGGCCCCGGUAAAGGCACUGCUACCGCUGGCACCGCAGCCGCAGGAGGAGCUGCAUUGGCCGCCCACAAGCACCAUAACAACGAAACUACUACUCACGGUGUAAACGAUCGCGGUCUUGGCCACACUGGUCUCGAGAGCCAGCGUGCGGAUCAGUACAACACUCACUCCGGAUCCGGUAAGGUUGCUACCGCCGCUGCCGGCGCUGCCGCCGCCGGUGUUGCCACCCACCACGGCCAUGGCAACACCACCACUCACAACACGACCGGCACUCACAACCCUCUCGGUUCUCACAGCACUACCGGCACCCACAACACUGACAGCCUUGCUGCGGCUCAGACUGCCAAUACUCGUGCUAACAACACGACCGGAACUGGCAAUCUGUCUCACAACCAGACUGCUGGCCGCGAGAACAUCGCCCACAGCCAAACUGUAGGUCACAAGUCCAUCAGCACUGCUCAAGGUAUUAUGCACGGGGCUCACCCAACCGGUAAUCAGACAUCUGGUACCAACUACACUACUUCCGGAAGCCCUACCGCUGCAACCCACGGCAGCUCAGGCCUCAACAAGUCUGAGCCUCGCUUCGGCUCCACUGGCACCAGCACUAGUCAGAGUGGUGCUGGCAAGGCUUCAACCACUGACCAUGCCACGCAUGACACCACCGGCAAGAAGAUUUCGCUUGUUGACAAGCUGAACCCCUUCAAGGAUGCGGAUGGUGACGGCCACAAGGGCAUCAUGAGCUAA